AUGCCUGGCGCUACGCACGACUCGAUCCGGUUUGCGGCGGGCAGCCAGGAGCUGAUCUGCUACUUCAUCAAGAGCCUCCGCGAAAUCCCGGCGGACACGGGGUACUACGCGCUGUCAUCGAAUACGUCGGGCGGGAGCAACGGAACGCGCUCAGGCAUACGAUCUGCUACUUCCGCAACGGCGGGAUCGUCAUAUGGUAAUCCGGCGGCUGUGACAGGGACGAAAGGAGAGGCAGGAAUUUCGGAUGGAGGAGCAGGGAUAGGCACGGCCGCGGUAGGAAACGUUGCAGCCGGAGGCGGAACCCCAGCCGCUGCGAUCAUGGCGGGCAAUAGCAACGCAGGCACAACAAAUGCUGAUGCAGGUGGAGCAGGUGGCCCAGAGCAGGCUUUCUUGUAGCCAGGUACAACAGCUGGACGAUUGCACCGGUGCAGUGGUGAUUUCUUGGCUAGAAGAUAGAAACAAUUCGAGUGAUGUCAGUGGCAGAUGACCGCGAUUUUUUGGAAAAAACGACCAAAAGAAUAUGCUUGAAAUGAAGCAGAAAUUGCUCUCACUCGUCUUGUUCUGGUAUUCAGAUCCGGGUGUUUCAGGAUUUUUUUUUGGCGGAAGGCAUUUUUGGCGAAAGUUGAUGAGUUGUGUUUGGUCAUCUUCCUUUCUGUUUUAUACUCUGUUCGACUCGGUUCCCUGGCGCGUUCAUGAAUGCGAUGCUAAUGAAUGUAUGAUGCACCGAAU